CCCCCCUUCAUAAGAGCCAGGCCUGCGUCCACCGCGCCACAGCCGCUCUGCGGAGGUCGCACCCGCUGAGCUCCUCCUGCGCGCAGCUGGCGAUCGGGGCCAUGCAGUCCGCCGUGCUCCUCAGCCUCCUGGGCGCUGCAGCUCUGGCCGCUGUCGGCUCAGCUCCAGUGGAUAACAGGGAUCGCAACGAAGAAAUGGUGACUCGCUGCAUUAUUGAAGUCCUCUCAAGUGCCCUGUCCAAGUCCAGUGUUCCAACUGUCACCCCUGAGUGCCGGCAAGUCCUAAAGAAGAGUGGGAAAGAGGUCAAAGGUGAAGAAAAAGGUGAAAAUGAGAACACAAAGUUUGAAGUACGAUUGCUAAGAGACCCAGCUGAUGCCUCCAUAGCCCACUGGUCUCCCAGCAGGGAGGAAACAGGAGCUCCAGUAGAAGACCCUCAAGGCCAGACAAAGGUAGACAAUGAGAAGCGGACAGAAGGAGGAGAACACAGCCGAGAGGGAGUGGACAAACCCCAGGAGAGCCUCCAUCCUUCCAACCAACAAGUGUCCAAAGAAGCAAAGAUACGCCAUUCGGAAGAGAGUGAGGGAGAGGAAAGGGAGGAAGAAGGCGGCAAGAAUUACCCAAAAGGGGAGCACAGGGAAGAUGCUGGCGAAGAGAAACACCUUGAAGCUCUGGGAGAGAAACAGAGCACCUUCUCCAACAAAAGAAGCGACACCGUGGCUCAGAAAAAAGAGGAGUCCGUGGCCAAAGCAGAUGCACACUCGAUGGGGCCCUACGAGAAGACACACAGCAGGGAACAAGGCAGCCGGGAGAGUGGAGAGGAGGCACGGAGGCAGGAGAAACAACCCCAGGAGCUUAGCAACCACGACCAGAGCGAAGAAGAAUCCGAGGAAGAUGAGGAGGACACGGCCUCUGAACUAGCCAAACGGCGGCCCAGGCACCACCACGGAAGAAGCCGCCCCAAGUCCCCUCAAGAAGGGCAUCCUGUAUUGGAGGGAAGGAGACGUGCCCCUGAGGAGGAGUCGGAGGAGGCAGAUGUGGCCACAGCCAGUUUAGGGGAAAAGAGGGGCCACCAUCCAACCCACUACAGGGCGUCAGAGGAAGAACCCGAAUAUGGGGAAGAAAUGAGAAGCUAUCCAGGGUUCCAGGCUCCCGAGCGCCUUCACGGACCACAGUAUGGGGGCAGGGGAAGUGAUGAGGACAGCGCUCCAAGGCCUGAGAGUAAGGAGAGCCAGGAAAAGGAGUACAAGAGAAGCCACUCCAACUCUGAACUUGAAAGCAUGGCCAACAGACACAGUGAAGAAACUGAGGAAGAGAGGGUCUAUGAGGGGGCAAAGGGACACCAACACAGAGGCAGGGGAGGUGAGCCAGGUGCCUAUUCUGGUCUUGACACCAGAGAAGAGAAAAGGCUCCUGGGUAAAGGACAUUACCCUGUUCAAGAAGGCCGGAUAGAUACGGCAAAAAGGUAUCCACAAAGCAAAUGGCAAGAACAGGAGAAAAACUACCUCAACUAUGACGAGGAAGGGGACCAAGGCAAAUGGUGGCAACAGGAAGAGCUGCUAGACCCAGAAGGAGGCAGGGAGGAAGUGAGGUUUCCCGACAGGCAGUAUGCACCCUAUCCCGCCACUGAAAAGAGGAAGAGGUUAGGGAUGCUCUUCAACCCCUACUUUGGCCCUCUCCAGUGGAAGCACAGCGAUUUUGAGAAAAGAGACAACCCAGACGACAAUUUUCUUGAGGGUGAAGGUGAAGAUGGAAAUGGGUUGACCUUGACUGAGAAGAAUUUCUUCCCAGAGUACAACUAUGACUGGUUGGAGAAAAGGCCCUUCUCAGAGGAUGUGAAUUGGGGAUAUGAGAAGAGAAGCUUUGCCAGGGCCCCUCAUCUGGACUUGAAAAGGCAGUAUGAUGGAGUGGCUGAGCUGGACCAGCUCCUUCACUACCGGAAGAAGUCGGCUGAAUUUCCUGACUUCUAUGACUCAGAGGAGCAGACGGGGCCUCACCAGGAGGCAGAAGCUGAAAAGGGCGGGUCUGAUCAGGGAGUUCUGACCGAGGAAGAGAAAAAGGAACUGGAGAACUUGGCUGCCAUGGAUCUGGAGCUGCAGAAGAUAGCGGAAAAGGUCAGCCAGCGGGGCUGACCGUCGGAGAGGCAGGCGUUCACUGAACAACGCCAUUGACGCAUCCAAAGGCAGAAAGCAGAAUUUCCUAUCUAUUAAAUGUUUGAUGCAGUUGGAAACACCAUUUAUCUUUGCCAGAAUGCUAAUGCUAUGUGACUAGAGUGACUUGUAGCAUAUUCUUCCUGCAAAAUAGACGUUCACAUGCCUGUGACAAUGACCAUGUUACUGUCUUUGAAACAUAAACAAUAAAAGAUUUACCUGAAACUAAA